AUGUGGUUGAAUUCAAUUAAUCAGGCAUUCAAUGCCGAGGCAAGUGCUUUGUCGGAAUCACUAAAAUCUCCGGCGAGUGAUAAAUUAUCCCGCUCUUCGACCCCGCAGUUAAAACAAGGAGCAAGGUUAGUGGAUGAUGGGGAUUGCCAUGAGCAGACUACUAAUUGCUCAAUAGAAAAAGAAAGUGUGGAACAUGAUGGUGAAUGUAAAUCUGUUGAAACUUCAUAUGAAAAUUUAAAUGUGGAAAGUUCUCCUCAAUCAAGGAAACUUGAGGAGACUCUGACUAAGGAGGAAGAGGAUUUUGCUAAUGAUUCCAAGGGUGUUUCACUGAAUCCACAAAAUAAAAAGUUUGGCAAUACGUCUUCAAUUAAAUCAGGUGCUCUUAACGAUUCAUGUGAGAAUAAAGCUACUCGGAAGAAGAUGAAAGUAGACUGGACACCUGAGCUGCACAAAAAGUUUGUGAAGGCGGUGGAACAACUAGGUAUUGAUCAAGCCAUUCCUUCUCGUAUAUUGGAGCUAAUGAAAGUCGACGGCUUGACAAUGCAUAAUGUAGCUAGCCAUCUUCAGAAAUAUAAAAUGCACAAGAGACAGAUGAUGCAUGGGGAGGAAGAUCGAAAAUGGCCAAAUCAAAGAGAUCAAAUACAUAGGAACUAUAGUUUGCAAAGACCAAUUAUGGCGUACACCCUUCCUCCAGCUCCUAUAUAUCCUAUGUGGGGACAACCUGGAAGUCAAACAACUGGUGUACAGAUUUGGAGUCCUCCUCCUGGUUAUCCGCUAUGGCAGUCUACCGAAAGUUCGCAUUGGAAGCCUUAUCCACCGGGGGUAAUCUUUUUAUUCAGAAUCAGAACAUGAUAUAAGUUUUCCUUUCACAUUCUUUUUUUUUUUUGGAUAAAGAAAUGUUAGUAUAUUAGUUGUUGUGUUAGUAUUUUUUGCUUCUCCAGGGUUUGAA